AUGUCGGUAGCAGCAAGCGUUCUUGGCUACGCUGGUCUCGGAUUCCUGACACGAUGCUAUGCGCUGGGAUUGCAGAAGCGAAACAUCUUCGAGAAUCUUGGAGGCCACGCAAUGCUCAUGACGGCCUUUGGUGCGCUCGGAUACUACGUUCACGGUCUUGAGGGGCGCCAGUUGGAGUUGAUCGCACAUAAGAAGGAGCAAAUCCUCAAGAACCGCGAACGCCUGGCGGCAGGUGCUGGUUCGCAAUCGCACGACCAAGAGUAG